CUACAUGUACACUGCAAGGAUUUCUGUCAAGAAGAAGGACGUCAACCUGAUGAUGUCAUCAGGACAGAUCCUCGGAAUCCGCUUCCUGGACAAGCUCUGCUCCCAGAAACGGGACUUGUCACCGGAAGAAAAAGACAAAUUUCCUUACGACAUCGUAAAGAUGGCGUUGCCUCCUGAGGCUCAGAUGGCACCCGACUCUGAGGACCUCGGUGAGAAUGAUGACACGCCCACCACUGAUGACCUUGUUGAGGCGUCGGCCAAUCAGGAGCUUGACAAGUCUCCGAACGCAGCUCUGCAGGUGCAAGAAGCCAUCCUGAAAGAACUGACCAAUGAGGACGUACACAAGGUGGCCUGUUACGACCAGGAUGUGGUAGCAGAAAUGGAGGCGGAGCCUAAAGAACUAGGGGCGGAGCAUCAUGCCACCCAGACGUUGACGUUUACAGAUAGUAUUGGUGAAGUGAAGGACGAGCAGGCACCUGGCUGGUCCACAGCUACAGCUGACAUGAAGUUUGAAUACCUGCUGUAUGGACACCGAGAGCAACUCGCCUGCCAGGUGUGCGGAAAAACCUUCCUAGAUGAAAGCAAGCUCAGAAAACAUGAGAAGCUGCACUCAGCUGAACGUCCGUUUGCCUGUGAGAUCUGCUCCAAAGCUUUUACCACUCACGCUCACCUGAAAGAACACCUGAAGAUCCAUACGGGCUUCAAACCCUACAGGUGUGACGUUUGUGGAAAAUCUUUUAUCCGAGCUCCUGACUUGAAAAAACAUGAGCGAGUUCACAGCAAUGAAAGACCGUUUGCCUGCCAGAUGUGUGACAAGGCAUUUAAACACAAGUCUC